UAUAAAUAAAUAGCUUAUAAAUAAAAUGGACACCUUUGAUAUUUUUAAACAAUUAACGGCCGGCGUGCGAUUUACCAGAAAGCGUGAAUCGGCACCAAUACCCAAAACACAAAAUAUAAUAAAGGAAGAAACGCCGCAGACCAAUCUAGCUAGAUUACCUAAAAAAGAGGAGGAAAACCAACCUGCCAGUGAAUUCCGAUUGCUGUCUGAUCCUACUGGUGUGAAGACAAAUGAGUCAAAACGUAAAAAGGCCAAAAAACAAUUGUCAGCUGAGCAGGUGGAGCAGGCGCAACGGACUGAACAUGUUAAUGCGCUGCGUAAGCAGCACAAUAUAACUGUAUUAGGAAAGGAUGUGCCAGCUCCCAUAACUACCUUUGAUGAGCUAAAUAAGCCAGACUACAAGCUGCUGCCGCGUUUGCAGGAAAAUCUGUUGUCCCGUGGUUUUCCACAACCGACACCUAUUCAAAUGCAGGCACUACCCAUUCUGCUCAAAAAUCGCGCACUCAUGGCCUGCGCUCCUACCGGGUCGGGUAAAACUCUAGCUUUCCUUACGCCUAUCAUCAAUGGACUGCGCAUCCACAAGACGUCAGGACUGCGGGCCCUGGUGCUGGCGCCGACGCGUGAGCUAGCGCAGCAAAUAUAUCGCGAAUGUAUGGAGCUGACCAAGUCAACGGGAUUGCGCACGCACUUCAUAAGCAAAGUGAGCGAGGCGCGUCAGCAAUAUGGACCCGAGUGCAAGCAAAAGUAUGAUAUACUGAUAUCUACACCAAAUCGAGUGCGUUUUCUGUUGCAGCAGCAGCCGCCACUGCUGGACUUAAAGUGUGUCGAGUGGUUCGUGUUGGAUGAAGCAGAUCGUCUCAUGGAGGAGGGUCAGAACAACUUUAAGGAGCAACUCGAUGAUAUAUAUGCGGCCUGCACAAAUCCACAGAAUCGAGUAGCCUUCUUUAGUGCCACCUACACAGUGCCAGUGGCCAAGUGGGCGUUGCGUCAUCUUAAGAAUUUGGUGCGCGUUACGAUUGGCGUGCAGAACAGCGCUACGGACACAGUGCAGCAGGAGCUGUUAUUUGUGGGCACGGAGAGUGGCAAAUUGCUGGCAAUUCGAGAGCUAGUGCGACAGGGACUACAACCACCGGUGUUGGUGUUUGUGCAAAGCAAAGAUCGUGCCAAGCAGCUAUUCGAAGAGCUGCUAUAUGACGGCAUCAAUGUAGACGUUAUACAUGCAGAGCGCACGCAGCAUCAACGAGACAACUGUGUACGUGCCUUUCGCGAGGGUCACAUCUGGGUGCUUAUCUGCACGGAGCUCAUGGGACGCGGCAUGGACUUCAAGGGUGUUAAUCUAGUCAUCAACUACGAUUUUCCGCCCACUACUAUUUCGUAUAUACAUCGCAUAGGACGCACUGGACGUGCAGGUCGAGCAGGCCGUGCUAUUACCUUCUUUACGCAGGACGACACAGCCAAUCUAAGAAGCAUCGCUCAAAUCAUCCAAAACUCUGGUGGGGUCGUGCCGGAAUACAUGCUACAAAUGAAAAAAGUUCGGAAAUCGGAGGCCAAAAUGCGAGCCAAAAAGCCGUUGGAUCGUGAGGAUAUAUCAACCAAGCUGCGACCUGAACUGCCAACGCCACUUAUAAAAAACACAAAACUUUCCAAGGCAGAGAAAACAGAAAAGGUCCUCAAACAGAAAAACAAGAAAAGUCAGCCAAGUAAAGACUUGACUAUUGAUAGUAAAUUGAAAAAGCUGACAAAUAUUAAAAAGCAAAUGAAUGGUCAAGCCGCUGGUAAAACGAAGCCCAAGGGUGCCAAAAAUAAAAAUAAAUGA